UGAAGUUUGAAAUGAAACAGGUUUUCUUAGAAGAGUAAAUUCUCAGUAGUCGGAGGGAAACCUCAUAUUAUCAAUCACUAUUUGUUGGUAUUUCCUUAAGAGGGCAUCACGUGAUAAGUGGAUUUCCUUCACGCAUGCGUAGAACCCGGUCGUCAUGAAAGAAACAAGAUGGUGAAUAAAAUUUUUAAAAAACGUACAAACUAGACGAAAACUCCAAAAAGCCAUCAUGGCUAUGGAAAAGCAGUAUGUCAUGAAGGAGACCCAUACGAGAGGGAUCACUGCAAUUGGUUGCCAUCCCGUCAGAAGGGAAAUUCUUCUUGGAUGCGAAGAUGGUGUUAUCAAGACAUAUGAAGCAGAGAGUGGUAAAUUGAUGCACACUUCGCAUGAACACACUGGAUGGAUCACAGAUUUCCUUUUUUGGUCACCUUCAGAUGUGAAAUUGAUGCUGUCUGCUGCCAAUGAUGGCAUGAUUGUUGCUUGGUCCUCUGGGAACACCAUCUUUGAUAGAAUAUAUAUUGGCCAGCCAGUAUAUUGCAUGGCAAUUAACCCAAGACGUCACCAAAUGGUUCUAGGCCUGAAUGGUGCUAUACAAGUCUAUGCCAUUGAUGAAAAUAAAGAAAGUGGUCAUCUGCUGCACAAGAAACCUGCUUAUACUGCCAGAGAGCACACAGAUAUUGUCAGAUGUAUAGUAUGCCAUGAAUCCAGGAUCUACUCUGCAGGGUAUGACCAGAGACUGCUGAUAUACAACUCAUCGUUUAAUGGAGAUGACGAUGACAUGGAACCAAUCAAUGAUGUCAAUUCCACUGCGCAUGAUGCAGGAAUCUCUUGUCUCAUUCUAGCCAAAGAUAAUGAAAACAAUACUUGGGUUGUUACAGGGUCAUUUGACAAAACUAUAAAAAUAUGGACGACGGAUGGAAAAAUGGUGCACAAACGGGAAGGUUUUCUCUCAACUGUAACUGGUAUCUGCUUUGUGCCAAGGAACAAGACAAUCUGGGCUGCAGGUGGAUCGUCCUAUGCUCAUCUAUAUGACCCUAAGUCAGGGGAUAAUGUAUCUGACUUUAUAGGGACAUUCCAGACCCAAGAAGAAGAGAAGUACACAUUACAGUGCCUCAAAUUCUUCCCUGAACUCAAUCAGGUUGUUGCCUCAACAAGUAGGAGACAUCUAAUUGUGUGGAAGUACAACUCCAGUGGGUGUAUAACAGCCCUGAAAUGUAAGGCAGCCAUUGAGAGUCUCACAUACACUAAGAAGGUGCCUCUACUUAUAUUCAGUGGUGACAGUCAGGGUGUAAUCAUUAAGUGGGAGAGAAUGCAAUCUAAUCAUUUUAUGUACAGCAAAGAGUCAUAUUUUCCAAGUGAUACGAAAAAGAAGAAAAAACAGCCUCAAAGUGAUAACAGUGAACUUGAUCAGAAUCAACUUAAUCAGAUGAAAUCCAAGUCAAUACACAGUCAUUACGCAUUUAAUAAACCUAUUGUGCCCCCUGUGUCAACCCAUGCCCAUCCAAAUACAACCAUACUCUGUACAGUCUUCGUAGAGGAAUUGGAUUAUAUAUUAGCAGCUUCAGAAGACAGUAAAAUAUAUGUCUGGGGUUUUGAUGAAGCAGCAGUUGAUGUCUUGAAGAACAUGAAACCAAUUGACAAUGAUGCUCUUAUCAGAAAAUAUGCCAUUUUAUUGGAUCAAGAUUCGCCACUUUUGCCAAGUAAAACCAACAUGAAAAUUACCAGCGAGGAAGACUCAGUAACCAACAGGGUGGCUGGGUUUAUAUGUAAAUAUAUUCUAUCUGAGCAUAUGAGUUGCGUCACAUGCAUGGUUGUGAUUGGUCGAGACCAGGGUUUUGAUAGUACAUAUGUUGUCAGUGGUGGCUGGGACAGGAGGUUGUGUAUAUGGAAUCUUGAAACAGGGAAGCUGCAUGACACGUUCAGGAAUUCUGUUAAAGACAAUCCGUUUGAAGCUUUAGAACUGGCAUGUGAUGGUAUAAUUAUUGCUAUGGCCUAUUGCCCCAAGAGGAAUGAAAUAGCCUAUGCCUCCAGUGACAGGAUGGUCUACAUUAGAAAGUUCUCACCCAAUGGUUCAGAAAUGACUCUUACUAAUACACUUCAAGGCCAUGAGAUGGACAUAACAUGUAUCAGGUGGAACAAUGUUACGGGAAAAUGGGUCACUGGCUCAGAGGAUGGAUCUAUACGAAUCUGGUCUGGUGAAGGUAUGAAUGAAUGUGAACAGAUUCUAUCAGCUCAAGGCCAGGUGUCGGCUAUGUGUAUUGACAAAGAGAAUGGUGCCAUAGUAGCAGGAGUACAAGAUAUCAUUAGGGUGUAUGACCCAGAACACUACAGGCUGGUCCAGAGUAAUGUAGGUCACAAAGAUGCAGUUAGGAGUAUAUUGCAUAUCCCAGAAAGAAGUCAGUAUGUCUCAGCCUCAUGGGACAAGACCAUCAGGAUAUGGAACUCUUGGAGGAUGCCACGUGUGAAGAAAAAAGCUACUGACAAAACUAAACAGAAAACAGCAAGGUUUGAAAUCCCAGGGACUCCAGGAACUCCAAAGACUCCAAAAACACCUAGUACACCAAAAACACCUGGCACACCAAAAACACCUGGUACACCAAAAACACCCACCACAACUGUUGAAUCAGAAAAUAUGGACACUGAUGAUGAUAAUACAAUAGCUGAAGAUCAGAGUUAGAAUAGCU